AUGGAUAGAUUGACAUUGAUUAAUUUGCCAUUCAAAUAUCAUCUUAUUGCAGGAGUAGUCAUAAGACUUAUUCUCAUUGUUUAUGGGGAUAUCCAUGAUAGAACUUACAAUGUGCCAUACACGGAUAUAGAUUACACAGUUUUUACUGACGCAGCUAGAUAUAUUAUCGCUGGCGAGUCUCCUUAUAACCGACCCACGUUCCGGUAUAGUCCUAUCAUAGCUUAUCUCAUGAUUCCGAAUAUAUUUCUCGGUAGAAAUUUUGGGAAAAUUCUGUUUUCAAUCUUCGAUAUCCUAGUCGCUGUAGCAGUCAAAGUGCUAGUUGAACAUCAGUUGAAAACAACAGCAGAUAAUCGAGCGUCCAAAGUUGCAAUUUACUGUGCUCUGUUUUGGCUCUACAAUCCCUUAAGCAUUUGUAUCUCGACGAGAGGAAACGCAGACUCCGUUCCAUGCUUCUUUAUAAUAUUAUCCAUACUCUAUUUACAAACAAAUUUGGUCAAGGGACUGUGCAAAUAUGCGCUUGCCGGAUUCCUACUAGGUAUUUCUAUACAUUUACGUCUAUAUCCUCUAGCGUUCAGUUUUCCAAUGUACCUUUCACUCGGCGAAUAUAAGAUCAACCGAAGAACAAAUAUUAUUGGUGGCAUAUUGUCGUUGUUUCCAAACAAAGAGCAAAUUAUAUUGGCAUCUAGUUGCAUCUCCACCCUCUUUCUGCUUACGGUCAGCAUGUACUCGUUGUAUGGCUACGAAUUUCUAUUCGAGACAUACAUAUAUCAUUUAUUUAGGAAAGAUACUAGGCACAAUUUCUCUGUACUGUUUUACUACUCUUACUUGACGAUGGAGCAUCUAUCUUUCGAUAUUGUGAAGACCAUCUCUCUAGCUUUCGAAAUUAUUAUUUUGUUCAUAUUAAGCUUGACAUUCGGUUGUGACCGAAAGACGUUAUGCUUCGCCUUGUUUUCGCAGGCUGUAGUUUUGGUUGCCUUCAACAGCGUGAUGACGUCACAAUAUUUUAUUUGGUUUUUAUCUCUAUUGCCAUUGGUCGUUCACAAUUUCCAGCUGAUACCAGCAGCGAAGGCGUUGAUCCUUAUAAUCAUGUGGGUAUCGGCACAAUGCUCGUGGCUAUUUUACGCGUACCUCUUGGAGUUCAAUUGCAGAGAGGUUUUCAUACUUAUAUGGUUGAUGAGUGUCGUUUUCUUCUACACAAACAUAAUCAUAUUGAGUGAAUUAAUCAGUAGUUACACUCCCGGUUACGGAUUUGGAAUGAUCAACUCUAUUAGUAAUAAUAAAAAGUCUAAAGUAGAAAUAUUACCGCCAUUAGAUGUAGAAUGA